AUGCCAAAGCGAAACUCUACCUUUGUGACUGACUUCCUCUUUGAAGGCUUCUCCAGCUUUGAUCGGAAGCACAGGCUUGUCUUCUUUGCUGUUUUUCUAACGUUGUACCUGCUGACUCUGUAUGGCAACGUGAUCAUUGUGACUAUUAUUCGUGUGGACCGUCACCUCCAGAUGCCCAUGUACUUCUUUCUGAGCAUGCUUUCUAUCUCUGAGACCUGCUAUACCAUUGCCAUCAUUCCCUGUAUGCUUUCUGGGCUCCUGAAUCCUCACCAGCUCAUAAGGAUCCAAGGCUGUGCAGCCCAGCUCUUCUUUUAUCUAACUUUCGGUAUCAACAACUGCUUCCUGCUCACAGCAAUGGGAUAUGACCGUUAUGUGGCUAUCUGUAACCCCCUAAGGUAUUCAGUAAUUAUGGAUAGGAAGACCUGUAUCUACUUGGCAUCUGGGUCACUGGGAAUUGGUCUGUGCAUGGCCAUUGUGCAGGUAACAUCCGUGUUUGGCCUGCCUUUCUGUGAUGGCUUUGCCAUCUCUCACUUCUUCUGUGAUGUGAGACCUCUGUUGAAGCUGGCUUGCACAGACACCACUGUUAAUGAGAUCAUCAACUUUGUUGUUAGUGUGUGUGUCCUUGUCUUACCUAUGGGCCUAGUCUUCAUAUCCUAUGUCGUGAUUAUCUCUACCAUCCUCAAGAUUGCUUCAGCUGAAGGUCGAAAGAAGGCCUUUGCCACCUGUGCCUCCCACCUCACAGUUGUCAUCAUCCACUAUGGCUGUGCCUCAAUUAUAUACUUGAAGCCCAAGUCCCAGAGUUCCCUGGGACAGGAUAGACUCAUCUCAGUGACCUACACUGUCAUCACUCCUUUACUGAAUCCAAUGGUGUACAGUCUGAGGAAUACGGAGGUCAAAGAUGCUCUAAGAAGAGCUAUGGGUUUAAAGCCUCUUUCCUCUUAA